UAUAGAACAUUGCGUCGUCUCUCUCACGCAUUCACAACCUGACCGCUGAAGCAAACCUCUUGACGUCCUCGUCCACGCACACGGCUGUAGGCAUGAAUGUCUUUAUCUAUGUGGUCGUCUUCCUGGCUGCUGUGUCUAAGGUCUCCCUGAGUCUGCCCUCACAGUCCCUUAUGAUACACGACAGAUCCGACAGCGAUGCAGUCGUGUUGGAUGGCCCGACGUACAACCACACGCGCCAGGCGCGCUCUGCCGGAGCGCUCCCCUCAGAACAGCAGGCCAACCAACCCCGGAAAGACGAGGAGGUUUUCAACACGUUGCGUCAGCUACUGGUCAGACUCAUCUCCAGGAAAGGCAUGCCCUACCAAAGCAGAUCCCCCAUCGCGAGCAGAGCCAGCGGUCUGGCGCCUGAGCACAGGAUAAAGGACCGAGAUUAUGAGGGCUGGAUGGACUUCGGAAGGCGCAGCGCAGAGGCGUUUGAAUACUCCUAAAGGCACGGCUUUCUUUCUUUCAAUGCAGAGCUACAGUCCUCAACAUUGCCAAAAAGCAUCCCCUCAAUAUAUGUCCUACUCACAGUGUACAGUUAAGCCCAAAAUGAUUCACACUCUUCCAUAUUGCUGGCAUCGGGCAAGAUCCUCAUAUCUCCAAAACCAUCACUUUUCAGGAAACGCAACCCAUUUUCAACACUCUAGAAAGGUCAAUAAUUUGUAAAAGAAACACACACACACACACACACACACACACACACACACCGGUAAUGACCAAUAGUAUACAUUUGUGAAAAAAAUAAAAAUGUACCAAAUUUGGACACGGGAGAUAGAUUUGCAGGUGGCACGGUGAACAACUGGUUAGCACAUCUGCCUCACAGUUCUGAGGACCCGGGUUCAAAUCCGGCCUCACCUGUGUGGAGUUGGCAUUUUCUCCACGUGCCUGCGUGGGGUUUACUCCGGGUACUCCAGUUUCCUCCCACAUCCCAAAAACAUGCAUGCUAGGUUAAUUGAAGACUCUACAAUUGUCUGUCGGUGUGAAUAUGAGUCUGAAUGGUUGUCUGUGUGCCUUGCGAUUGGCUGGCGACCGGUUCAAGGUGCACCCCGCCUCUGGCCCAGAGUCAGCUGAGAUAGGCGCCAGCACAACCAUGAUUAUAGUGAGGUAAGCGGUACGGAAAAGAGAUGCAUGGAUGGGAGGUUUCCACCUGAUGCCAGCGAUAUGUGUUCUUUUAUUUGGAGAUUGGCUGUAAAUGACACGAGCUAAUGGAAGACUUUAAGAAGUUGGGUUAGCAUUACGAAUGCGGAAUGUUUGCCAUUUUCAGUGUUUCAUUUUUAUGUUUCACUUUUUGAAAAGUCUUAAUUUCCCUCAUUUUAUUGGAUAAUUUUGAGGGCUCAUAAUCUUUUGCACCAUUCUAAAGGCUCCUGAUCAUUUUAGCAUAAUCAAGAGCAGGGGUGUCAAACACAUUUGAGUUCACGGGUUCCCCAGUAUAUAUGUGGGCUUAAUAAACUACAAAAAAAAUUCAAAGUUUUCCUGAUUUUUGUAUUGUAUUGGUACAAAUAAUUACAAGUACAUUUGGAAAAUAUUCACAUUUAUUGGUUAUCCUGUUGCAAAUCAUAUGAGCAAUUUCUCAACACAAAUUAUUGUAAUUUCAACAGUACAUUAUUAUGAAUCAGUUUUUUCUUUUACACUUGUACAACUUUCAGAUCAGAUCAAAGUGCAUCUAUAUAUUCUACCAUUUAUAAAAACUUAAGAUCUAGAAAUAUUUUUUUAAUUUCCAUAAAUUUCUGCAUCCAUCUGGAAAUUUUGACAACCUCAACUGACUUGUCACACCACACAAACUAAAGUGGGAACUUUUCAGAAAGUACAGUUAUCCCGUUACCAUGUAAUUGUAUACGUAAAAUUAGAUAUAGAAAAUUGUGGCAGUGCAUAGAAAAAUAUAAAAGGGUCCAACCAACCUCUUUAGAACUAAAACUGUUGAUGAACAUUUUGCAAUAUUCAAUGUCUUAAACUCAUUUCUACAGGAGGUAUUUAUUUUCACAGAACUCUAGUCCAAAGAUGCCACAGCAUUUUAUAUGAAAUAGGCCUCCUUUGCUCCUUCAAAAACUCGGCACCUUUUGACCUUCACAAAUGCAUAAAUUUCAGGUGUUUCAAAUCGUGAGUCGCAGCCUAUUUCAGAAUGUCAUUUAAGCGGUUGUCAGUGUGACCGCCAGUUGACAAAAUUAGCAACAUCAGUUACUUGAAAAAGAGCAGUGAAUGUGUUCUCUGUCCCCGCAGGCCAGAUUGGACCCCCUGAUGGGCCUAUGUUCUGGACCAUGGGCCAUAUGUUUGGCACCACUGAUCUAACAUCAUUUUAAUUAUCUGAAUGAAUUUAAAACAUUGGAUACUGUCUGUGCGGAGUAAACGUAUGAAUCAUUUCGGCAAAAUGUAAAAAAAUAAUAAUAAAUAAAUUUAAAUAAAAGAAAACAGCUUGUUAAGGCACAGUCGUGCAAGGACAAUAAAGAUUAUAAUUCAUAUAUAAACAAUCAUUUGCCACUGUAUGUGUAGUUUGCAGCUAUAAGCCAAUUUCCGAAAUAAAAUGUCAUUACAAAAGUUUCCACUGUAUGACUAAUUUUGAUUUAACUGUAUGUAUACUCUAUAUUUAUCCGUGGAAAACCCAUAUAAUGGAUAAAUACCGCUUGAUUAUAAGCACUUAAAAAAAAAAAAAAAAAAAAACACGACAAUUUUUUUUCAUUAUGCAGAUAUGAUGUAUAUUAAUAUUAUAAUCCCAUUAGAACAAUUUGUGUCAUUGUAGUCAUCAUUGUCUUUUCAUCCCAAAUUGCUUCUUCCUGCUUCCUGUCUCAUAUAUGAUUUUUUCCAGCAGUGGAAUAUUAUAACUUCACUUGUCUUUUUCACAUCUUGUCACAAUGGGCUAUGUAUUGUAUCAAAUAUUUCCAAUUCUUUUAAGCAAGAAUAAAAAUUGUUUCUAAGUGCCAA